UUGCUUGGUGACUGAACCUUAGCCUGAGCAAGAUUUCGAUUCUGCUCCUUGUACUCAUGACGUCCGUGGCCAUGUUCCUUCUCUGGGUUUCCCUGGUCCUCUGGGCUAAGCUCUGCAUGACCUCUGGAGACCUUGGAAUCUGCAUCCUCCCUCCUGACGGAGGCCUCUGCUACAACCUGCGAGAACGGUGGUACUUUGACUACGAGAAGAAGACCUGCCUGCCCUUCUCCUGGACCGGAUGCGGAGGAAAUGAGAACAAUUUCGAGAGCUGGCCUGAAUGCCAGAAAGCCUGCAGCCGCUACGGAUAAGUGGGGGAGCUGAUCCCACCUGGGCGGAGCAGAAGCUGUGGGAUCAGACCGUCUAGCAGGGAGUCCUCACUUCAGCUACUUUAAGGCGUGUGGACUUCAACUCCCAGCAUUCCCCUGGCAGCAAAGCUGUAAUAUGUAACCUGCCAAUCAUAACCAUCAAAGACCAGCUUUGAUUUAGAAUGUAUCCCACUUGGUUGCAAUGUUCCUUAACACAUUUCUUAAUGGUUAAUUUUUGUUUCAUUUGUGAACGUCUGGAAUGUCUUUUUGAUCCAGCAGAAUUAGCACCGUUGAUGGUCCCAAUUCACUCUACAUCUGUUCCCCGACCUUGAUCUAUAUGAGCAUAUGGAGGGAGGGAGGGAGGGAUGAGGAAUACAUUUAUGGAUGUGAU